UUGUUCGAGGUUCUAGUCUAGUUUACAGCGCGCGCAUGCGCUGUGUUGUUGAUUGAGCCGCCGGUGUUGGAUGUAGAUUUGGUGCCUGGUGGAGAACUCCAGUGUUUUUUUACAUUGGAAAAAGGAGUGCACUAUACAGCAACCAUGGCAACCCUGAAAGUCAUCCAGACCAGGCUGAAGUCCAUCAAGAAUAUCCAGAAGAUUACCAAGUCCAUGAAGAUGAUAGCAGCAGCCCGUUAUGCUAAGGCAGAGAGGGAGCUUAAACCUGCUAGAUCCUAUGGAGUAGGAGCCACAGCUUUAUAUGAGAAGGCAGACCUUGAACCAGACACUGAGAAGCCUGGACACCUACUGAUAGGAAUCUCCAGUGACCGUGGGCUGUGUGGUGGUAUACACAGCAGCAUCACUAAGGCAAUCCGGGCCUCGGUCGACCAGAAAGCUGAAGGGAUCACUUCAACAGUUGUCUGCGUUGGAGACAAAGUUCGCUCUCAGCUGAACAGGACACACAAAGAGAAUGUAGCCUUGUCUGUGAAUGAGUACGGACGUAAGCCUCCGUCAUUUGUCGAAGCGUCCAAGAUAGCAGCGGAGAUCUUGAACCUUGGCGAAUUUGACUCUGGAGAAAUCUACUACAAUAAAUUUAGGACUGUUGUUUCCUAUCGCACAAGCACACAGCCUCUGGUGUCGUUUGAGACACUCAAAGGAGCAGACAAGAUGUCCGUUUACGAUGAUGUGGAUGAGGAUAUCUUGAGAAACUACAAUGAGUUUCAGCUGGCUAGCAUCCUGUAUUACUGCAUGAUGGAGAGUAACUGUAGCGAGCAGAGCUCACGUAUGACUGCUAUGGACAGUGCUACCAAGAACGCUGGUGAAAUGAUUGACAAGUUGACACUUCAAUUCAACCGUACCAGACAAGCUGUCAUCACUAGAGAACUGAUUGAGAUCAUUUCUGGUGCCUCUGCUUUGUAAUUCACUAUUUGCUUAGAGAUUUUGAAUAGCUUCAAAAUGGAAGUGGGAAAACUGUAUCUCUGAAUGGUAUUUAAGGAGAAGUUUUAGGUUUAGGCCUGUAGAAAAACAUAUUGACAAAUUUGAUUGAGGAUAUUGCCCCGUAUCACAAAUCUUUGAAAACGUCUAAGUUGCACCCAGUGCCAUUAAGUUAUUUACGGAAACAGCUUUAUGUAAUUUCCCCCUGGCUAAAACAUUCACUGAAGGAGUGUAGAACAUCAAUACAUAGAAAAUCAUUACAUGGCCAGUGAUAUUAGGAAUUGGUAUUUUAUAAUUCACAAUGUAGGAUUGGAAUCUUUUAAAAAUCAUUCAAAAACACCCAUUAGUUUGUUGGACACAGAGGUACAGUGGAUCCAAAAACAUGAACACUCUGGUGCUACUGAAUGGGUUGGUUUUGUUAAAUGUGUAUGGACAAGAUAUGGAUGAAAUCUGGAUCUUUUGGGAUGUUCCAUUGGAUAAAGUUGGGAUAAAAAUCUCAGGAUCCUUGUAUACAUAUUUUUUCUUAUCUUUUUUUUUUUUAAACAUAACCAGAGCACUAUUAGCCUUUGGACCACCAGUUUUCCUUGUAUGAUUUGGAAGUUAUUUUAAAAACUUGUCAUAAUGUUUUGACCCGGGCCCAAUUUCAUGGCGUUGCUAAGCACACAAUUUUCUGCUAAUAGAGCCUCCAUCUAUUUCAUGGAGACUGGAAGGAGUAGUAAGCACAGCAAAAGGCAUGCUUAACUCGGAGGAAAAAGUUGCUUAAAUCUGUGAUGUAAAAAUAGAAAUCUCCAUGCGUGCGCAACCGUUAGCACAUCCACGCCAUGAAAUAGUGCUUAAGGUCGACAUAAUUGUCUGCAAUAGUAAGCACAACUUUUCUGCCGUUAAACAGCACUAUGAAAUUGGGUCCAGGACUUUCAUGCCAUUGAGUGUACUCAACCGUUCAGACCUAGGCACUCUUGGAAUAUACUUAUCACACAACAAAAUUUGAUGUAUGAAGUUCUGAAUACUAAAUUUAAUACCACAAUAAAUUGUGAGGGAGCUUUGAGGAUUCUAAUAAGCACAAUCAAACUGGCUUAGGCAAAAGGACUUGUACCUUGGUAUUUUAUCGAGUUGACGCUUGCUAGAAAAAAUUUUAUCAGUGAAUGUGUACACAUGCAGACCCCCUUUGUCAAAAAGCAGAUUGGCAUAUGUCAAUUCUAAGCUCAUAAAAUAUUCCCUUGGAUUCUCAUUCUUGAAUUUUAGCCAUUGUUGGGAGUACGUUUUGUUUCAGUUGUCUUGAGUUUGAUACGUUACGUGUGGAUUGAUUGCAAAAAAUAAACAUACAAUUUACAAGGUCUGGUUGAUAGACCCUUUGAAAAAAAA